GAGCUGGAGGUGCUGAAUACGAAGAAGCAGGAGACAAAGUCUCCAAAGGCCAGCCAAAAGGUCUUAGGUUCAGAUCCUAGUGCCAACGUGCCAGAUGCCGCUGAAUCCCAAGAGGUCGACACCGACUUUUUACCCUGUGCCUCUGCCGUUUUUUGGUAUUUUCCACAGGAUGCCUUCAGGAGGGAGCCCAAUGCCCAGCAUCGUGCCCUGUAUGCUAGGCUACGCUCCUUGAUCGAGUCGGACAGCCCUGCCAGUAUUGCAUCCGUGCCGAGUGCUGGCAGAAGGUUUCCUGAAUUAAGUGCAAGACUUUCUGAGCUAUCGGAUUUCAUGACUGCAAUAGGACCUACCUCUAAUCCUUAUGAGAAGAGCUUCGCUGGCUUUGGAAUAGAGAAGGAUGACACAGUAGAUGCCAAGCUGCAGCCCUAUCAUGAUUUGGAUCCCAGCAUGAUAAAGAUUCACGGUUGGGGACAGUGGGACCGUUCCGUUUUCCUGGAGGAUGACCUCUACAUGCCGUACGCAGAGCCUGAUGUCCUACUGCAUGGUAGGGAGACCGCCGCUGGUCCAAAGAUUAGGGAUAAGCCCGAGGCUGCCGCGGCUUUAGCACACAAGUGGGAUUCCCACAAUCUGCUGAUGCUACAUAAACGCCCAGUGCAUAGGUGCAGCCCUGUCCGAAUUUUUGGUGCCUAUAAGGAUGCAGUAACCCAUAGACAGAUAGGUGACAGGCGGGGACGUAACGCCAUGGAAUGUAAGGUGUCUGGACCUAGUAGUGAGUUGCCAGCAGGACCUGACUUUGCAGAACUUUUGAUUGAUCCUCGAACUGAGCGGAUAUCACUGUCCAUCACAGAUCGUAGGGAUUUUUAUCAUCAACUGAAAUGCACUGAGUCUAGAGCACUUGCCAACACCAUAGGUCCAUACGUGCCCGAAAGCCUAGUGAGUGAUACCCAUGCCUAUGCCGCCUUUUUGAUAGGAGACAGCCGGAGGAAGUACGAGCGAUCCCAGCACGGCGACAGACUCGAGGAUUUUUCUGAUGAAGACCUGAUCGAGCUGCCGGGCGGUAACAUGUGGAUCGCCUUCCGAUCUGUCCUGCAGGGGGAUCACCUAGGGGUAGAGGUUGCCACGCAAGCUCACGCCAAUCUGCUCCGGAGCUAUGCCCUCCUGCAUGAGGAUUGCAGGGUAACUGCUUCUAGGAACCUUGUGACAGUGGCACCUGCCGAGAAGAGGAUUGCCUUGUCAUAUUUGACCUUGCUGACCUGUCAGCUUGUGGGAACAUCUGAUGCGCUGCACCUUUGCACUUUAGGGGGAUGGACCUCCAUCUUAGGAUACCGUAGGCCCCUCAUGUCCGUGUUGCAGAAGUCCUUUCACCUAGUUAGCGCUGUAGACUUCGAUAGGAACCAUCCCAAAGUAGUCCCACUUCCCAGAUCCGUUGCCAACGAGAUGACACUCCUUGCAGUUCUGAUGCCACUUGCUGUGAUUGACCUUACAGCUCAAUAUGAUAAACAUAUCUAUUGCAGCGAUGCUUCUUGCCAGAGAGGUGCUGUUCUCAAAGCCCAGGUCAAUGACAGGAUUGCUGAGAUCCUGUGGAAGUGUUCCCGUUCGAAAGGGGCAUACAGCAGGCUCUUGUCGCCUCUCGAGGCGCUGCUCCAGCGGCUGGACCUGGACACAGGUGAGAGUAUGCAGAUGCGGGGAGUCUCGCCAGAUAGACCCCUAGCUUUCAGUUUUGAGUUCCUUGAAGUUUUUGCCGGCGCUGCCAGGGUUACAAAGUUCAUCAGUGAGCUAGGCAUCGUAGUAGGCCCUCCUUUGGACUUGAGCCUCAGCAAGGAGUACGACCUCACGAAUAGCAGGGUCAUUGAGUGGCUGACUUUUCUGGUAAGUGAGAAAAGGUUCCAUAUGGUUUCGAGCCUGGUGAUCCCCAGACCGCGACAGGAACUGCCCUUGCGCAGAGAUCGUUUCAAGUUGUCGCCGUUGGAGAUAGGAAUGCAAGCUGUGGGGUUUUGGAGACACCGCACUCUUCCUACAUGA